AUGGCUGCCGACGCCGCUGCACAGCACGGCCACGAGUUCUCCACGCCCACUUCCACCUCUCCGUCCCUCGACUCGCCUUCCAUUCCUCUGCAUCGCUUCGCCCUCAACGCCCUCCUCUCUGCCGUCUCCUUCCAGAAACCUCCUCCGCCAGACACCCUCCCAGAAAAGGUUGUGCUUCACACCGAUCCAUCCCACACACAUACUGCCCGCAAGAGCAUGAUGCUAAGAGACUCCGAUACCCUCUCUCACGCCAGUGAAGACGUCGUCUCCAAUGCCUCCACCGCCGACGAUGACCCGUCAAGACAAAAGACUCGUUCCUCUCGCUCAAAGUCGGUCUUCAAUCUCGCCCACCCUCCGCCAGGCCCUCGCCAGCGACAGAAGCUCCAUGUCAGGCCUCGCGUGCUCCUACAGCUACACAAGCUGACGCCCGGUUCUCGUCCACGGCCCGAAUUCGAGGUCGUUCCCUCCACCCGCUGUCCCGUUCGAUUCGCCCGGAAACUCGGUCGUAUAUUCAAGGCCAUAGAAAAGCUUGGGCCCGAUGAUGUCGUCGUCAUGCGAUCGGACUCGUAUGGCCCUAUCGACGAUAAUGAGAGCUUGGACGACGACACCCCAGAAGGAGGCGAGCCGGUUGGUGUGGUUUGCGUGACGAGGAGCCAGGACGGCAAGAGCACGCGCACGGAGAUAUGCAUGGAUGACAACUCGGUGUGGAAUGUGACGCAACUGCGGAAUGGGAAUUACGAGUUCACCUCGACCGAUCAUCACGGCCUCGAGCUCAAGGCUCGAUGGGUAGUGCGUGCCCCGAAGCGCAGGAUGUCCUCGCAGUCCAUAGCUCGUGUCUCGGCACAGACGCUCGCUCCGGAUCAGAAGAAGAAAAAGUUCAAUUUCAGCACAAUCAGUGCCGACUCCAGACGCCAUCCAGUCAUCGCCUCCAUGACGCCCAAGAAGUUGGAAAUCAUGCAUCAGUAUUCAGUCCCAGCAAAAGCAGAUACAUCGCCGGGUCAGACACCCCAAGAAUCCCCUACCGCCGCCUUCCUCGACACCGGCUCUGGCUACCUCGAGUCGCAGAACCUGGAUCUCAAAGACAUGGCCUUUACCGACGACGCCUUGCGUAAAUUCAUCAUCGUUUCGGGCGUCUAUGUUGCCUUUUGCGAGAAUUGGUCAACAGCUUUCCGCUAUGCCCAGCCUGCUGCUGCUGCUGCCGACUCAACGACAACACUCGAUGGAUCAGCCGCCGCGCCUGCUGGGCUUGCGUCGCCGCCGCCGCAACGCAGAGUUUCCCUGCCCAUCUCCGACACUGCCAGCGUUCUGAGCAGCUCGACAAGCUCGGAAGAGCCACGCCGAACCUUUCCACGCCUCUUCCGAUCACCCACGACCUUGCGCAGCCAGACCAUCACCGCCACCAAUCAUUCUGCAACAGAGACUGCGCCUGCCGCCCCUACCAGAGUCUCGACGCUUCCCACCACCUUCGCUACGCGCCGCUCAACCUCUACUGGCUCGGUCUACCUGCAACGUGCUUCAAGUAAACGGCAACGGAAGCGGACAUCCUUACCGCCAGAUCUGGCCGAAGCAGACGAGGGGACUGAUUCAGACAAGGAGCAACACACCUCUGCCAUGAGUACUACUACCACUCCCAAGAUUGCAAUUGCACCCCCGCUACCCGCAGCAAGCGAGGAGGAUGAAGAGGCAGAGGUGGAGAAAUAUCAUCAAACACCAUCAAAUCGGCCACCAGACCCCCAAACGACCGUUCCCCGCGCACAUUCUGCAUAUCUCCCGCCCGAAUCGACCAAGAAUCUCUGGGAUUCGGGUGAUUUGUCCGCUUCACUCAGUGCCUGCACCACUCCAAGGAAUUCAAAGUCUCGCCCAACAAGUAUGAUACCCCUGAGCAGUAGUAGUCCUGCUGCGGAGAAAUGUCAGAAAAAGCAUGGGAGCAUCAGACGCCUCUUCAGUGCCUUUCGCAGGGAUCACAAAUGA